UUCCCAUCCAAUAAUUGCGCAUCGCUUUCCCUUGCUACUGUGCGCAACACUUUCCCUUCUCGCUCCCUGCAUCGCUACAGCACUCAGCUCCCCGUACUCUAUCUGCUAAUCCUGGAACCCCAAAUUCUUCAGAAGUUGCUCUAGUGUAUCGAAGAUCAAAGACUGGCGGUGAGCGGAGCUGGCGCACGGUCGCAGGACAAAGGACUAGGAGAGCGCGUACGGCGGCGAGGGCAAGCGGUGGCGACUGGCGAGCCAGCAAGCCAAAAUCACCGGCUCUCUGACUGUUGUCCUCGCCAUCUGUUGCUCACGGACUGCGCUCCGGCCAGGAAUGGACAGUAGAGCUUCUACCUUUGAUGAUUACAGGAAGCAGCUUCAGAUGGUGCUUGAGGAUCCUAGUGAAGCACCUGUACCUGUGUCACUGGAUUUCUUGAAAGACAUCACAGAUGGUUUUUCUUCUGAUCGACUAAUCGGCAGGGGUGGGUUUGGAGAAGUGUACAGGGGAAUUCUUGGGAGGGGCAAGUUUAUUGCUAUCAAGAAGCUUUAUGCUGAACAUGUGGUUGCUGAUCACAAAUACCAAGCUGAGCUCGAUUCUCUAUUGAGGAUACGGCACCAAAAUAUAGUGCUACUUAUUGGUUACUGUGCCGAGACAAAGUUGCAAGUGGUGUCACAAAACGGGGAACAUAUUAUGGCAGAAGUACGUGAACGUUUGCUCUGCUUUGAGUACAUAGGCAACGGAAGUCUUCGUGACUAUGUUCCUGAUCUCCAUAUAUUUAAGAAAGAAGACGAUCAAGAUCUUCCUGGCUGGGAUAAGAGAUACACAAUAAUGGAAGGGAUCUGUAGAGGUUUAGAUUUCCUUCAUGAGGAAUGCAAACUUACUCAUAUGGACCUUAAACCUGAAAACAUACUGAUGGAUGGCAACAUGGUUCCAAAAAUUACGGAUUUUGGUUUGUCUAGGCUCAAGGAUGCAGAAAAGUCUCAAAUUGUCACUCAGACGCUUACUGGAACACUCGGAUACAUGCCACCAGAAUACCUACUCCAGGGCCAAAUAUCACAUCAGACGGAUAUGUACAGCAUGGGUGUUAUAACUUGCGAGAUAAUCACAGGCGAAAAGAUGCCCUUUGUCUGGAGUAGUGAGGCCACGAGUAGGAAAUUCACAGAGAGAGCUUGCAGAAGAUGGAUGGAAAUAUUUGACAAGUCACUGAAUGACGCGUCACUAAAGGAAACAUAUAUGAACCAAGUAAAACAGCUGCUCGACAUAGCCCAAAACUGCGUGAACCACGACAGGAUGAAAAGGCCUAGUUCAUCGAAAAUACUUGAAGCAGUUUUUAAUCAGAAUCCAUCAAGCUUGUGUGAAUUAGAUAGCAAUUAUGGACAGGUUAGCGAGCUCCUCACCGUGCAUCCACUGCAGCUCGAUUUCUCUUCACCUGACACAAAAGAGCUAAAUUGCAGCUCAUGCUCGCUGCAUUUAACCAACAACAUGGAUAUACCUGUGGCCUUCAGGCUCGUACCAUCGUCUGAGACUCUAGUGGCGCAUUAUUGGUGGCCGCGAUCCGCCGUGGUGCCACCGAAGUGCAGGUACACACUCGCUGUCAUAAUGCGUCCAUGGCGAAAUCCAACCUUCGGCAACGAUGGCUUUUUUACACUCGAGAGCACCAAAGCGAGGAUAGUUCAGGACCUACGGGUCGCCAACGACCCAGAAGAAAUAUUUAAGAGAGCGACAGAAAGGGGCUUUAAGGUGCACGAGGUGAAAUUAGCUUUUGUCUGUGCACGUACUGAGCUGCCAAUAGGUCCCGAUUUAAAACCAGAGCUGACCCAACGAGUUUCCUGGGACGGACAAGACAUGAAGCCUGGACUCGUGGUGAUACCAGUGAAUAGGGAUGUCAAUCGUUUUCUAAAACGUUUGGACAUGUGUAUAGUGCAUCCAACAGAGCCAUGGAUCUUUAGGAGAGAAGGCCCUCUCAUGUACCAAUUUGUUGUAUGGAACUAUGAUAGGCUGGAGGUGGUGCCGUUCCUUCUUGUCAAAAAAAAUCAACCAAUCGAUUGGACAUUCCCAGAUGACAAUAUAUCAGAUGAUGUUGAUGGUCUAGUCCUACCUGGGCCACCAAAAUUUGUUUCACAAAAAAGAUGGAUUUUGGUCGGGUAUCAACAUGGAUAUGAUUUCGGGCACGAAAAACUUGGUUACAUAUAUGUGUACAAUUAUAUUGCAGUGCAGAAUUUUAAGGGAUCCAAAACAUAUCUAGUAUCAAAAAUAAAGAGUUUUAAGGCCCAUGACAGCGGCAGAGUAUUUCUGGACGUCCAUCCAUCUAGGCCUUAUGUGCUGUCGUCGGUAAUUUCUGAUGGUGAUGAUCCCGGGAAGUUAAAGCCAGUGAAGAGCAUUAAGCUGUGGGACUGGGAGAAUGGCUGGGGUUGUGUCAAGACAUUUAACAUGGAAGAAGCAUUUGCAGGACGAGCUCAAUUCAACCCAAAGGACCAGGAUACUUUUGUUACAAUUUCCAAAAAUGGUGUUGUAAAGGUAUGGAAUAUUGAUUCUCCAGAAUGUACUUAUACCUUUACCACGACAGCCAGAGAAGCAAGGUGUUUUGAUUUCUUUAGUACUCAAGGUGGAAAGCAAUACUUGGUCAUCGCUGAGGGUAAAAACUGUACGAUAUGGGACUACCAUAGCGGGACACUUGUUGAAACUCUCAAAGGGAACAUGGGUACUGUUUGUUCCCAUCCUGAGCUUCCGGUACUAAUUACAGCAUCAGACGUCACCAGCGUCGUCAGCGUCGACGGAAUAGUUCACCUAUGGAGCUCCAGUACUUUCAGUCUUGUGGGCGUACUGAGCUCUGAUCUUGGAAAAGUACUAGGAGUAGCUGGAGUGAAGGGAUCGGGAAGGAUCGUAAUCAACCAUGAGCAUGGAAUUGCAGUUGCUGAGAUUGGCCAUAUGCUAGAAAGUGAAAGACCACAUGAGUCAGACGGAAGCGAGAUUGAGUAAAGAUAAAGAUGAAGCAAAGCUAGUUGGUAUUAAUUUUUUGUUUGCCUUAAUUACAUAAUUCCAGCGCAGCGUUCAUCUACUGAAUUACUACUCCGUAGUCUCACGUCCCAUGUUGGGGUGGAAACAGUUGAUUAAGAUUUGAGUGAGACUGUGUAUUCUGUUGGUAAGUUGAGUUAUGCAUGUGUAUAUACCGUAUGCUGUCAUUGAUGGUGCUUGAUAAAGUAACAGAUCCGAAUCUUUUUUUUUUAAAAAAAAGGUUAGUUAG